AUGGCGGCUGCCUUGAGGCGCCUUGCCUGUCCACUCUCGCCCGCUGAGCUCGAUGGUGUGCUUCGCUGCUUCGAUGCUGACAACUCGGGCAGCAUCGACUUCGCGGAGUUCUACCAGGUUCUCCGGGAAGAGUCGCACUGGAUUGAACAGCGGGAGGCAACCAAAGACGAUCCACGUCUCUGUGGCUUUGCAAUCGGAGACCGCGUCCGGCUCAAGUGCCAACUUUUUUCAGAGCUGUCAAAGGCCUCCCUUCUCAAAGACGACUUUCAGAGUACGACUGGGAAGGUGAUGGGACCAGGUAAGAAGCAGGGCAUCAUCACAAUCUCGUUGGAGAAAGGGGGGGACGAGAUGACAGUCAAGGCUGCUCUGCUGGAGAAGCUCACUGCCACCAAAGGCCACCACCAUGGCUGCUUGUGCGAAGUGUGCUGGAUUGAGUGUUAUGGCACCGACUACUUCGGGUAUCCUCCUGACGAUGAGGAGAAUCCCUACGAACCUCAGUCCCCGAAGUCACCUUCUGCGGGCAUGAGCCCCACAUCAGCUAGCAGAUCCGGAUUCAGUUUCAGCCCUGGAUCAAGUCCAAGAUCACCCGUGUUGUCGACAGGCAGAAAGACGUUCCCGCGUCAGUGA